AUGAACCCCCCCAAGCAAAACCUAUCUCUGGCCGAAAAGCUUGAUCUGCUCCCGGCCAUGAUUGUAGUCAUGUCUGCGGGGUGCUUCUCUCUCUUCACAGCCAUCACACGAGGGGAAAAGGGAGCGCCCACCUUGGCUUUGCAUAUCACGUAUGCGAUUUCUCGCAAGCUAAGCUCACGUCUGUCAGUGAAGCAAAUGCAAUGGAUAUCCCCAUCUACAGAUCAAGUCUACGAACAAUAUGCGCAUUCAACAAAGUUCACGCCUCGGACAGUCAAACUCGCUCACGGCGGAUUAGGCCACUGGAUGGGAGACAUAGAUGCGCCGAAUGUGCUUGUCUGGUACCACGGCGGCGGAUUCUGUCUCCCAGCGAACCCAAACUACUUCAAGUUCUUCACCCAUCUGAUCGAAUCCUCGAAAGCUGCCAACAAGAACGUCGCGAUCUUCAUCCUCACUUACACCUUGGCCCCAACCGGACAAUACCCCACGCAACUAACCCAGUCCGUUGAAGCUUUGCGAUUCAUCCUGACAGAAACAUCACGCCGUCCGUCACAGAUUCUUUUGGGCGGCGACUCCGCCGGAGGAAACCUAGUCUUCGGCGUGCUCUCCCACCUGGCUCAUCCUCACCCUUCCGUUGCCGAGCUCAAAGUAUCCGAACCACUCGCUGGAGCCGCGACCAUCGCCCCAUGGACCUCCCUCCAGGACUACCCAGACUACAAGCCCUCAGUUAUCGGCGACUUGCUUAAUACGACUGUCGCGGGCCCAUGGGCCAGUGCGUACCUAGGCAGUGCAAAGAGAGAUUGCUAUACUGAUCCACACACGGCAUCGGCGGAUUGGUUUGCAGCAUACCCAGUCAAGCAAAUCCUGGUCACCGCGGGAGAAAAUGAAAUUCUCUUGCCCUUUAUCAAGACAUUUGUGAACAAUCUUCGAGUGGGAUUUACAUCAGUUGAGUUCUUCAUAGGCAAGCGAGAGUGCCAUGUUGCUCCCGUAUACAACCUGGCGGCAGGAGAUGUGGAGACGGAGCAGGGCAAGACGCUAAAGCAGUGGUUAAGGCAUAUCUUACAGUGA